CACUGUGAAGCGCAGCUUAAACUGAACAUAUUAUGUUUGGAGAAUUGGAGCAGUGCUGUAGGAGUGCAUAGGUCAAAGAAGAGGUUAUAGAAAACGUAUAAAUCCUGAAUCCCUCAUGAUUUUUCCACCUAUGAAGAAAGCAAACUCAGAACAGUGCGACAUUUGCUAUUGAACGACUGAAAAGCAUGACACUGUGAGUUGGGAAGACUGCUGAUUUAUAGAAGUGGGUGAGGAAUAUAAAUAGUUCCUAGAAGGAAUAUAGAUCACUUGAAAGCAAAAUGAGGUUCUUUCUGUUGCUUUCUGCCAUUGGGUUCUGCUGGGCUCAAUAUAGCCCACAUACCCAACAGGGACGGACAUCUAUUGUCCAUCUGUUUGAGUGGCGCUGGGUUGAUAUUGCGAAAGAAUGUGAACGAUAUUUGGCUCCCUAUGGAUUUGGAGGGGUUCAGGUCUCUCCACCCAAUGAAAACAUUAUAGUUACCAGUCCUUUUAGACCCUGGUGGGAAAGAUACCAACCAAUUAGCUAUAAAUUAUGCUCAAGAUCUGGAAAUGAAGAUGAAUUCAAAGACAUGGUGACUAGAUGUAACAAUGUUGGUGUCCGUAUUUAUGUGGAUGCCGUAAUUAAUCAUAUGUGUGGUGAAGGUGGAGGCGCAGGAACACACAGCACCUGUGGAAGUUACUUCAAUGCUCAAAACAGGGAUUUUCCAGCAGUUCCAUACUCUGGCUGGGAUUUUAAUGAUGGUAAAUGUCGGACUUCAAGUGGAGGCAUUGAAAGCUAUCAAGACAGUGCUCAGGUCAGAGAUUGUCGUUUGACUGGGCUUCUCGAUCUUGCCUUGGAGAAAGAUUAUGUGCGUUCCACAAUUGCUGCGUACUUGAACCGCCUCAUUGACAUUGGUGUAGCAGGGUUCAGACUUGAUGCUAGCAAGCAUAUGUGGCCGGGAGACAUAAAGGCAAUUUUGAAUAAACUAAACAAUCUAAACACAAAGUGGUUCCCUUCAGGAAGCAGGCCAUUCAUUUUCCAAGAGGUAAUUGAUCUAGGUGGUGAGGCAAUUUCAAGCAGUGAGUACUUUGGAAAUGGCCGUGUGACAGAAUUCAAGUAUGGUGCAAAACUAGGCACAGUUAUUCGUCGAUGGAGUGGAGAGAAGAUGUGUUACCUAAAGAACUGGGGAGAAGGCUGGGGAUUCAUGCCUUCUGACAGAGCACUUGUUUUUGUGGAUAACCAUGACAAUCAACGAGGACAUGGAGCUGGAGGUGCAUCUAUUCUUACAUUCUUUGAUGCUAGGCUGUAUAAAAUGGCAGUUGGAUUUAUGCUUGCUCAUCCUUAUGGACUCACACGAGUCAUGUCAAGCUAUCGCUGGACAAGAAAUUUUGUGAAUGGACAAGAUACUAAUGAUUGGGUUGGACCACCAAAUAAUAAUGGAGUAACUAAAGAAGUAACUAUUAAUGCAGACACUACUUGUGGCAAUGACUGGGUCUGUGAGCAUCGAUGGCGUCAAAUCAGGAACAUGGUCGUUUUCCGUAAUGAAGUUGAUGGCCAGCCUUUCCAAAACUGGUGGGACAAUAACAGCAACCAAGUGGCUUUUGGAAGAGGAAACAAAGGAUUCAUUGUCUUUAACAAUGAUGACUGGUCAUUAUCUUCAACUUUGCAAACUGGUCUUCCUGGUGGCACAUAUUGUGAUGUCAUUUCUGGAGAUAAAAGUGGCAAUACAUGUACAGGAAUUACAGUCACUGUUAAAAGUGAUGGCACUGCUUACUUUUCUAUUAGCAAUUAUGCUGAAGAUCCAUUUAUUGCAAUCCAUACUGGUGCAAAAUUAUAAAAUUCAAAUAAAAUCCAUUUAGCAAAACA